AUGUCCAGCUGGAGGCCAACGACAAGUGGAGUCCCUCAAGGAUCAGUGCUGGGACCAGUCUUGUUUAACAUCAUCAGUGACAUGGCGAGUGGCAUUGAGUGCACCCUCAGCAAGUUUGCUGAUGAGACCAAGCUGUGUGGGGCAGCUGACAUGUUGGAGGGUGCUCCUUUUCAAAGGUCUCAGCAUCCCCAUGCUACCUCCUGCAGGCACUUCCACCUGGGUCCCCAGCCUCAGCUCCCUGCCGACUUCACCCUGCCUCACGCGGUGCAGCCCCAGCCGGGGCUGACCCCCCACAUGCAAUACCUCCUCCAGCAGCAGCUCCUCGAGGCGCAGCACCGCCGGCUUAUGCCCCAUCCCAGGCGGGCUCAAGAGCGCAUGUCGGUUCAGCCUCACCGGCUACACCCCAGCUUUGACUUCAGCCACCAACUGCAGACACCACAACCCAUGGGGCCCCAGCCCAGAUACCUAGCUGAAGGCACAGACUGGGACCUCAGUGUGGAUGCAGGACUGACUCACGCGCAGUUCCAGGUCCGGCCAGUCCCUCAGCCCUAUCAGCACUACUUGGCUACACCUCGGGUGCACCAUUUCCCCAGAAGCACAUCCUCGACACAGAUGGUUGUUCACGAAAUCAGAAGUUACCCUUAUCCUCAGCUUCAGUUACUUGCUCUCCAGGGACUCAACUCAAGCCGGCACACAUCCGCGGUGCGGGAGAGCUAUGAAGAGCUGCUGCAGCUGGAGGACAGGCUGGGCAGCGUGAGCCGCGGUGCCGUCCAGAACACCAUCGAGAGGUUCACCUUCCCCCACAAGUACAAGAAGAGAAGACCGCAGGAGGGCAAAGCUGAGCAGGAGGAUGGAGAAGAGUCAGACACGGAUGAGAAAUGCACAAUCUGUCUGUCCAUGCUUGAAGAUGGAGAAGACGUCAGGCGGUUGCCCUGUAUGCAUCUCUUCCACCAAGUGUGUGUGGACCAGUGGCUGGCCACCAGCAAGAAGUGCCCGAUCUGCAGGGUGGACAUUGAAACACAGCUCGGCUCGGACAGCUGAAAAGACUGGCUGGACACACCAUUUUCCUUACCAGGUCGUAUGGCCAUAGACCCUUGCAGCAAAAUUUUUUGCCUUCUGAGCCAUUUGAUUGAGAGAAAAAUGUCUGCAGGCUCGUGAGCGAGGAGGAGGAGAUGGCAGUACAAUAUCUAGGGGUAGGAGAUAUUGCACAUACGCAGGAUACAGGCCCAGGGAGAGGGAACUGGCAUUCCCGGAGCUCAGAGACUCCGUGUUGCUGAAGAUUUAGUUGAAUAUGAAGGAGCUAGUUGUGGUAGUCUGGCCUGUCAAUCCUGCAUUUAAUGGGGAUUGUAUAUAUAUACCUCUCAAACGCGUAGAAACAUGUUAGGGGUCCUUUAGCUAUUUCUAUGGAUGGCAGCUGGAGCAUGUUAGCUUAAGAAAUGUUGUGUUUGAUGCCCUACUCAUCUUGUGGUGGACAUGUUGCUGUUACCUAAUUUGCACCAAAUAUUUUUUCAUAGAUUCCUUAUUUUGGUGCCUGGUUAACACAUUUCAGAGGGGGGGACAAAGAGGUCAAGCUUCCCCACCGCUGGGGGCGGAAGAGGCGAAAAAGCAAAAU